AGGCUGUUCUCUCUCUGAGGCUGAAUGUGAAGUUGUGGUCUCAGCUCUUAAGUCCAACCUUCAUCUGACAGAAGUGGAAAUAGAGACGAUCUAUGGAUAUAGAUCCUUGGGAGAUUCUGAUAUGAAGCAUCUGUGUGAUAUACUGGAGAGUUCAAUCUGCAAAGUGAAGAAACUGCAAUUGAAGGACUGCAGUUUGUCAGAGAUCAGCUGUACUUCUCUGGUCUCCGCUCUGAGGUCUAAUCCAUCCCAUCUGACAAAACUGGACAUGAGCUUAACCAAGCUUGACCCUGGAAUGAAGGAGCUCAGUGGGUUUCUCCAGUCUCCCCUCUGCAAACUACAGACAUUGAGAUUGAGAGGCUGCAGUUUGUCAGAGACCAGCUGUGCUUCUCUGGGCUCAGCUCUGAAGUCUAAUCCAUCCCAUCUGACAGAACUGGACCUGAGCUACAACAACCUGGACCCUGGAAUGAAGGAUCUCAGUGGGUUUCUUCAGUCUCCCCUCUGCAAACUACAGACACUAAGAUUGGGGGGGUGCAGAUUGUCACAGAUCAGCUGGGCUUCUCUGGGUUCAGCUCUGAAGUCUAAUCCAUCCCAUCUGACAGAACUGGACCUGAGUUUGACCAACCUUGAUCCUGGAAUGAAGGAGCUCAGUGGGUUUCUCAAGUCUCCCAUCUGCAAACUACAGACAUUUAAAUUGUUUAACUGCGGUUUGUCAGAGGUCAGCUGUGCUUCUCUGGUCUCGGCUCUGAAGUCAAACCCCUCACAUCUGUUACACCUGGACCUGAGGUACAACAAUUUGAAGGAGUCAGAUGUUCAGCAGCUGCAGGACUUUGUAAAGAGUCCAGACUACAAACUGGAGCGUCUGUGGUGGAGGUGAUGAUCUUAGUAGAGGAGAUAAGCUGAUCUGUGUCCUGAUAAUCCUCAGAGGUUGAAGCUGCAGCAGUUUGAGUUUAAAGAGACUCUGACUGGAUCCUGAUGAUGAACUCUGAGUUUAGAGAUUUUUCUCCUCUUUAUUUGAUCAUGUCUCUUAUUCAGCGUCCAAUAUUGUUUUUCUCUUUGAAACAAUGAAUAGGAAAUUCAAACUAAGCUCCAUUUAGUGGCUCCAUGGAGGUUUAAUCUGAAUCUGAUCAAACGGGAAAGUUCAGCUUUUUUUCUCACUGAUUCAUUUUCAGCCUGUAACCCAGAAAUCUGAAAUAAAGCUCAAUUCUAAAGUUUUCAGGCUGAAUGUUUGCUUCAUUGUGAUGCAGUUUUUGGACGUUUUUGAUUUUAUUCCAGAUGUUUUCUGCAGAUGUUUGGGCAGCUCUGCUCAUCUGAUCUGUUGCUGCAAACAGCUCAGUGAGGAAAUGAUGGUUUCUUUAAUCAGAGGAUUGUCAUGAAACGAGACAGAUGGACACAGUAUUCUUGGAGAGACAGCCAGUAUAAAAGUUCAAAAAGGUUAUUAAAUGAAAAACAAAACUAAAAGGGGAGCUUCUAGGAUCUGUGGCACGCAGCGACUGCUGGUGGGGGGGGCGGGGCAGUGCCCAAUUACAGACACUCUGGUUUAGCAGUUCAGUCCAUAACCCUUGAAGGGGGGGCGAUCCAGACAAUGGGCUGACAGCUGACGCGGCGCAACACCCAGAGUCUCCCCGAUGCUGCAGCUUCGGAGGAUUAGUAGGAAGCUGCUCCUGGUCAGGGAUACAAAUCAGGCAGGAAC